CACCAACUUAGACGAAGAAAACGCUCCACCGCUUUACGUUUUCUGAGGCGAGUAAACACUCGAACGGUUUGUGCAUUGCACGCUUUGGUCGGCAGAAGAAACGAUGCUCCACGCAAAGCACAAGCAGUUGCACCGUGAUGCACGGCCGUGUGAUUUGUAUCCGCGCGUGCAGCACAUUCCCCGAGUUCCUGCAGCGCCGCGAGCGCCGGCCACGCGCCCUCCGAUACCGUCGCUCCUUUCACUACCGAACCGCCCAGGCCGUCUCCACGCUAAUCACCGACAGCCUGAGCAUCAUCUGCGUCCGGGGGGACGCCCACAGCGGUUCCUCGGACCCAAUCCUGUGAUACGGCCCCCAGUGGUCAUGCACCAAAUGCCAGGAGUACCAGUGGCUCGUGGAAAGCGGUUCCCAGCGCCGUUUCUCCCAAGAGGAGUCGGGCAGUCGCUUCUCGGGCUGCCUCCAGUGCAGGCACCUCUGAGGAACGCGCCCGUCGGGUUCAUGUCUCGGCAUCAACCCUGUCUGCAUCGGCCUUGUUUGAAUAAGGAGGGCUUUAUAAGUUCUUCACAGAGAAAGAGAGACAGUGGCCAUGUAGCAACAGGAAAGAGUAAUAGUCACAUGACCAAAAGUAAAACUGAUGCAAAAACCACCAAAGCGGAAAUCAAGCGGGAGGUGUGUGGUGAAGGCAGUUGGGCUUCGUCCUCUGAGCAGACAGAACCUGCUGUGAAGAAACUGAAGAGCUUCGGGGCGGAUGAGCAGGUGGAGCAGGCAGAAGGUGGAGAUGCAGAGCAGACUGCAGUAGACACCGACUCGCCAGCGAUCCCAGAGCAGGAAGCACACAUGUGCUUUCCCAUUACCCCAGAGGAGGAGAGCGUGUCAGCAGAGGCAGAGGCGGACCUGGAGCAGAGCAGGACGGCAGAGGUGCAGGGCGUCGGCACGUCGCUGAAGGUGACCAUUCAGCGCAGCAGCGAGAGCCGGGCCUUCAGCACCGGCCCAGAGGACAAGGUGGCAGCGACAGGCCGCAGUCCAGAUAAAGACACGAGCACCACCGCGGGCAAAUUCUGCUGCUAUAUUUGCAACAUCACAUGCCCCGACCAACAGGAGUUUCAGGCUCACAUGAUCAGCCUGGAUCACCAGCAGAAGAUGAUGGAGAUUCAGCACCUGAGUAACACCUGCCUAGCCACACUGCUGCCCAAGAUGCAGUAUUCCCUACAGAGCUCUCACAGAGAGAAGAGGCAAGGCUUGCAGCACUGGUGUGCCAUCUGCCAGUCUCACUUCGCUGGUGACCUCAUCGAACACAGGAGAACCAAGAAACACAAGGUAGCAAAGGUCUCCUCCAGGCCAUUCUGCACGGUGUGCGAGCGCUACUUCAGAACUCCUCGGAAGUUUGUAGAGCACAUGAAAUCUCCAGAGCACAAGCAGCAGGUGGAGGAGCUCAGAGAAGAAGGAGGACCUGAAGUCAUGGAGGAACUCAUAACAGUAGAUGCCAUUGGCUGUUUUGAAGGUGAAGAUGACUAUGAAGAAGAAGAAAAUGAAGACAAGGAAGAAGACACAAGUCCUGAAAAGGUUAUUUCAGAGAUGAUGAGUGAUUGUGAAGGGUAUGAUCCAGACACGCAGUACGGUGCCAGUUUUGUAGUGCCAGCGGCAGGAUUCCUCUGUAAGCUUUGCCACAAGUUCUACCACUUUGAGUCUAGCGCUCGGGAGACCCACUGCAAGUCUCUCGUACAUUACCAGAACUUACAGAAGUACAAGGCCGUGCUGAGCCGACCUCGAGAGGGUGAGGAGAGCCUGCGCAGCUCCAACAGCAGCACCCCAAUCCCUGAGAAGAGCAGUGACACAGCUGCCAGAACGCAGGCCGAGGGUGGCCAGGAGGAGAAAUCCCAGAGCCUGAAGGAAUGCUUAACGUCCUGCCAUGACAGCCCAAGCCCAGAGCGAGAGCCAACGUGCGCAGCCACGCUGAGCCCUGCUGGCACUGCCAAGCGCCUGACUCGCAAGGCAAACAGUGACUGUGGACCCACCGCACAAGAGAGAGAACCCAGUAGGAAGUCUUCAAAAAGCUGAGAGUUUCAGUGACCAUGCCUGUUACUGCCUUAGUGCUGCUUCUGACAACUACUCCAGACCCACUACUUUAGGCUUUUUAAAUAACAUAAUAAACACUCUAUAAAGGCAGCUGCAUCAAGGUUGUGAAAAUGUCCCGUUAGGGGUGGGCGAUGAGGCAAAAAAAAUAAUCAUGAUACACAGAGCACCAGCAAAACAUUUUUGAAAAGCUAUGUAAGUACAUUUUUACAAGAUUUUCAAAUCAUCUGUUAUACUGAAGUUUUAACUUGACAAUGUGACACCCGUGGUUAUUAUUUAUGGACUUCUGAAAAACUCCUUUUUCUGACACGUGUUGUUGGUCAGAGUUUUGAAGGGACUAAUGAAACGUGCUAUGCUCGGAAAAAUGAAUUAUGAUGUAUCAUGAUGACAUAUGUCAUCACACAGCCCACCCCUGGUUCCACUGGAAAUUCACUACAAUUUGAUCAGAUAUAGUGCAGUUUGUCUGGACACUGACAAGUCUGUUGUUUCUGGCUCUACUCGAACGCAUGGACAUCAGUAAAACAGUAGCUAAGACACUGAAGUGCAGCCUGUCGGCAUGUGGUCAUCCACAAAGAAAUCGCAGUAAUUUAAAUACAUGUUCCCCAGUUCUAGGAGACCACAAGUAAUUGGGCAAAUAAAGAUACUUUUAAAUUAUGUUUAUGGUUGCAAAUAUUUUGAAAUUGAUUAUGUAGUAGUUGCUGAUUGCUUGAUCACUAUAAAAUAAAAUGGCCUUUGAUACCCAUAUGGUUAAGCUACUGGUCUACUGAUCUAAACACCUUCAUACAUUUUACUGUGUUUAAUUUCUAAUUCUUGUUCAAAUCCAGUCCAGUUGCUUAAGAAUUUUCUGUACAUGUGAGUUUGAGUGAGAUUUCCUGAUAUCGUCCUGAUGAGCUAAUCAUUAGUUGCUCUUUUUGACUGACCAGUGACGAAUUUUGUAGUUGUGCUUUUCAAUAUCGUUUUUACAACCUCAGUAUUUGUGUAUGUUAGUCUUAAAACCAGACAAGAAUUUUUUGUUGUUUUUGACCUUGUAUGCAGUUGUCAUCUUUGUUUGUUUUUGCUUGUUUGUUGGUGUUUUUUGUUGUUGUUUUGUAUACUUGUGAAUCUCUUGGGGAGCCAAGAAUUGCCAAGUGCGGAUACCUUAUGUUAUGUUUCACUUAUCAGUUAAAUGGCCUGUGCAGAGAUCCCAUUUUGGCUCAGUGUUUGUUUUUUAAUCGCAUGUAUUUAUUUGAAUCUGAAAUCUCUGUUUAGAUAAAUGGGAAUUAAAUGAUGUCUAAAAUGGC